AUGGUAGACAACAGCUCUAGCUGUUGUCCUGGAAAACUCACCACCAUUCCAGCCGUGCCUACUAUCUCCAUAUGCCCAAAUGGUGGCAGCUUCCAAAAAACUAUCUGUUUGCCUAGUUCCUGCCAGAGCAAGACAUGGCAACUGGUUACAUCCCAAGAAAACUGUUGGCCAGCCAGAAGUACCCUAAGUGGCUGUGAACCCUCUUCUUGUCAAUCUACCUGCUUUCCAGAAACUUCUUGUGUGGGUUUUGUUUGCCAACCUAUAAGCUCCCAGAGAGCCUGCUGUGAAUCUGGCACUGGUCAGUCUUCUUGUCCAGUUGCCUCAUCCCAGCUAUCCUGCUUCGAAUCCAGUGAUUGUCAGACAAAGUGCUGUGACGCCAGUUCUUGUCAACAAAGCUCCUGCCAGGAACCUGUCUGCACAUCUGGAUCAUGCCAGGCAGCUUGCAGCCAACCAGUCUGCUGUGAUUCUAGAUUCUGCCAGCCAUCCUGCUCUGAGGUAACUUCUUGUGCUGAAACAUCUUGCCCACCAGUCACCUGUGCAGCUAGCCCAUGCCAAUCAGCCUGCUGCCAAGGCAGUUCAUGUCAACCCAUUGGAAAUGAAGGCCAGCCUUGCAAAUCACUUUAUUAUCAACCCAUCUGCUAUAUUUUCAAGCCUUGCCAGUCAGUUUCCUGCGAGCCAUUGACUUGUGUGUUCAGUUCUUGCAGUCCUCCUUGCUGCAUGCCCUCUCCUUGCCGGCCACUUCACUGCCAACCAGAUCUUCCUACAGCCUUCAUCUGCCAGCCUGUGGCUCACUGCCAGUCUCCUUGUUUUGUGAAGAACCUUUGCAAAUCAGCCUCCUGUGGCAUUGUGCUUUCUGGCCAACCAUCUUGUGGCAGAUCCACUUCUUGCCCCCAAAGUGACUGCAAAUCCCCUUCCUGCCAACCAGCUUGCUGUGUGACAGGUGUAGGCAAAUCAUCCAGUGGUGGCUCCAAUUGCUACCGAACAACUUCUCCCAGUCUAUGCAAAGCAAGCACUUGA